AGGUGGGAGCUACAGGUCGACAGCAGCGCAACUUCUCUUCAUUUUCCCCUUAAUGCUCCACUGGAGCGUCCGCAGACAAAAAAAGACAGACAGCGGGGAAGUCCGUUUAGCUGACAUCCAAACAAACGGAUCUGUACCGGCUGGGUACAAACAAAUCCAGACUCCAGUCGCUUCCUGAAGUGUUUUUCACGGAAAUGGUUCACCUGAAGUUUUCCUCCGGACGGUGAAAGUUUGGAGUUGGAGAGGAAAGACGCAGCAGGGAGACGCUUCAAAUGGAGAGAGGCUGAGGGUAAAUCAACCCAUCUGGAUCAUUUAAGUUUAACAAGGUUUUAACUCCAGGGUGAGGUGGUAUGUCAAACCGUGACUCGCUGGGGUUUGGGGACCUGAUUCCCCAGGAUGUGGUUGAGAUUUUUGCCCAAGAGAAGCAUAGCAAAAGGGGGCGGAAGAAGCGCAGUCACUCCCUGGGCAGGGCUUUGGGCUGGCUGAAGGGCAAGAAGAGGAAGGAUCUUAGGGCUAACGGGCAGAGCCUGGGCCUAGGUCCUGCACUUGACUUGGCCUUGGAUGGGCACCCUGCUGGGCAUCAGGGUGGACACAAAGGAGGACAUAAGUCAGGAAAGCAGGGCCAUCCACAGGGAAACAGUCAUGCCGUCCCAAAGAGAAAUGAUGAUGACAAGACCCCGGCACCCCCAUCGUUGCAGGAGAAUGUGUUCAUUGAGGCCAGCAGGCCAAAGUACCUGGAGGACCUUCACACAGAGGCCCUGGAAGGAUUGAAAAUGAUGCAGCAAGAAGAAACCAAUAAUGGAGUGGUGUACCAAGAUAAUGAAAGCACAAUUUCCACAAUCACAGUCCAAACAGAUGGCAAUGGUGAAGGGUUUAUGACAGACAGCACCAUUCCUGACACAUCUUCGGUUGUCUCGGUACAGUCAUCUGUGUCCACAAGAUCCUCCCGCUCUGGACUCACCAGGCAAGGAUCAACAUUCAGGCCUUUAAACUCUGGGAGAAAGUCAGAAAAGGCCAAGACAAGAAGACGACACAGGAAGACUGUUGGGGGUAUCCCACACCAUGUCCAGAGAGAGCUGGGGCUGGAUAGAGCGGGCUGGACAAUGUCUUCAAAGUUAGAAGAGGAACAGCUUUUUAAUGGUGAGACUGACGACAGCACGACCACUGAUGGGCCACAGAUGGCAACAGAGUCACAAAAAGGAGCAAGUGCCAGCCUUCAGGACAUGAAAGUCAUCCAGCCCCUCAGAAAACACCAAGAUGAGCAGCUCUGUGCCACCCAUGCUGGUCAUAGGGAUGACCUGGCCCUGCUGCAUCGCUUUGGCCCUGACUUGUCAGGUGGGCAGAGGCCUCGGUCCCUGGCCGUUCCCUGGAUGACUACUGCCAACAGCCUCCAGCAGGAGCCGCCCAGCCCCGUCAUGUCAAUGUCUCCCCAGGCCGCCUACAUGUCCAAAAUCAUUCCCAAUGCUGUGUUGCCACCCUCCAUCGAGGUGGUGGAAAUCAGUCGUGGGCGGAGCCGCAGCAGCCUCCGCACUGUCAGCAAAACUAGCCUGCUGCUGUCCAGCCCGGCUCCCUCCCGUGCUUCCUCUAGAGCCUCUUCCUCCAGAACUACUUCUUCCAGAGCCUCCAACAUCACCUCCGCCUCCCGCUACAAUGCCUCCCAUCUGUCCGACAGCUCUUGUUGGAGCAACUCUGAGUCCUCAGAGACCUUGGUAUCCGACUCCUCAACCAUCUCCAGCAGCAGCACCCCCAGACAGAAGAGGUCACAAGAUGGAGAUGCCUCUGCUAAGGAAGACAAAGUCAGUAUACACUCCUCCAUCAGCAAGGCUUCAAAAUGCACCUCCAACGGCAAGCUCAUUUGUAAGGGAGACAAGACUAAGAAUGAGGGGCCUUUUGUGCGUAGUUACUCUGUCAUGAAGCCAAAGCGGGCUCCUCCUCCUCCAAACCGCUCCUAUUCCCUUUACAAUAAGAUGAAGCGACGGUCACGUGAUCUGGCAGAGGUUAGGAUCAUUUCAGGGGAAUCUUCUCCUCGUAACAUCUCAGCCUCAGGUGAGGAAAAUGAAAAAAACAAACCUGGAUCUUCUCCUGUGUCUUUGAGGAUCAUAGACAGCCCUGACUACAAUGCUGACACCAGCUCUCUGGAUGACUCUAUAGGCUCUGUGUCAUUCAGUCCAUUUAAAUCCCAGCUGCAGGCACUGAAGACAGAGGGGGCUGCAAAAGUAGAGGAAUCCAAAGAUGCUACAAAAGAGAAGCAGGAACCACUUCAGGAGAAUAAGCUAAGCAAAAUGAUCUCCCCGUCCAGUGGCUACUCAAGUCAAGAUGGCACAUCCCCACAGCUUUCUAAGCAGACCCACAGCUCAUCUCCGAGGCACAAGAGAGGCAUCUUAGCUAAGCUUCAAAGGUUAUUUCCUGGAUCCACUCCUGCUGGUUCAGCUCCAUCCCCUCUCACACAGCCAGAGGCCCCUGAAAACACAAAAUCCACUGAUGAUCCUUCAGUCGACACUACCAGUGCCAGCCCCUCUGUAAGGGCCUUGAGAGAACUCUUUAACAUCCCUCCACCACCUAAAGUUCAUGCACCUCCCCCUCCUCCCCCAGAGGUAUGGGCUCACAACAAGCGCACCUUUGAGUUGCUGCUGGGACCUCCAGCCCCUGAUAACACUUACACCAUCAUAAAGAAGAACCCAAAGGACAGGCGACAACAGAGGCAGUCUCCCUCUGCAUCUGCAGCAGGCUCUGUGAAAAGCUUGGGGGGAGAAAGAAAGCAGAAGAAUGGGACUAUAACAGUGGAGAACAUGAAUGGAUCCCCGCAUGUACUGGAGACAAAGAAAGUUCAAGAAAGUGGGCCUUUGAAUGCAGAGAUUCACAAAGAGAACAAUGAAAGACUGGUUGAGCAGAAUGAUUUGAAAGGAAGUAGCAAAGUGACAGAAAAAGAUGAGACCGUAAGAGUAAGUGAGAUAUUAAGUGGCAUGUUAGUUAAGGCUGUAGAGAAACGUGAAGAGAGGAUGGCAGUUAUGAAGGAAGAAGACGUGAAGAAGACAUCCACACAAGCAACAGAAGUAAAGACUAACAUGGAUACAUUACCUGCCAUUUCAUUAGUACGCAUUUCUCCUACUCCCUCUCCUCUGGUGCACCAUCCUUCCCGGCCCCCCACCCAACAGACCACAGAGGUUGCCUCUGACACAGUACAAGCUGUUGUAUCCCCUGAGUUCUCCUGGCCCCCACCACCUCCAGCAAUGGACCAAGUGGGUCUCAGUGGGCAUGAUGACAUAGAUUUCCCCAUUCCACCUCCCCCGUUAUUUUGUGAGGAAAGGUUAGUUAUACCUGUGCAGGUGCCACCAGAGAGGUCAAUUCCUGGUACAGCAAACAUUGAGCAGGUUAACUCCUCUUGCAAAACUAGGUCUGUUGUUUCAGUUGUGAAAACAGAAGGUGUUAAAGUGACCACAGAGGCUGAAACACUGAAGACAAGUUCAUCCCUGGAUAUCCCUCCUCCGCCACCCUAUACAGCUCCCCCUCCACCAGUUAAAGCAGUCUCUCCUCCUACGACAAAAGAGGUCAUUCUUCCACCACCUCAAGAAUUUUCUCCUCCGCCACCUAAAGAGGUUUCUCCUCCACCACCACCCAAAGAAGUUUCUCCUGUGAUGCCUGAAGAGUCCUCUCCUCCCCUGGUUCAAGUCCUUCCUCCUCCUGUUACAGGCGUCUCCCCCACAUUGGUUAAUGUGGUAUCUCCUCCACUAGUUAAAGAGGUCUCUCCUCCUCCGGUUAUUGAGUGCUCUGUUCUACCUGCUGAAGAGGUUGCUCCUCCAUCUUGUCAAGAAAAUGCACCUCAAUCUUCUGAAGAAGCAGCACCUGUUAGCAAACUCUGUCCACCACAAACUAUUUCACCUCCACCGCCCAUUGAACCUGUGCCACCCCUGCAGUCACAACCCCAGUCAACAGAGCAAGAGAUUGAUGUUCCACUUGACAGCAUCCCAUCCAAAUCUGAAACUAACCCUGUUUCCUGUACCAGUAUUCUCACUCCCCCUCAAAGUAUUCCACCUCCGCCUCCCUUAGAGUUUCUCUCUCCAUCUCAGGUUGCACCCUCGAACACUGAUGGUCUGGAAACCCAGGAGGCCUCUCCUUCACUACCACAUGAAGCCUCCAUCCCACCAGCUCUUGAAACCACUCCUUCUCCAGAGGCAAACAUUCCUUUACCUCCACCUCUCCCUGUGCAGGGUCUUGCAAGCAUUGAGCACCAGCCUAGUCCUGCAAGCACAGAAAACCAAAGCCCAGAGCCACCCUCUGCCCCUGCUGUACAAGAGGAACCCACUCCCAUUGUCACCCCCUCCCUACUUCAGAUGGUUAAGCUGCGAUCUGUUAAUAGCAGCCCUGAGCCUCCCAAAGCUCAGGAGCCAGCCCAGGCUGAGGUCAGUAUGAGGACCCAGCAGCCCAGCAAUCAGGUGCCAUGUCCAUCUGCCAGUGGUGAGGCUCCUCAGAAGCCCAUCAGAAGAUCUCUGAUCAUGACCUCUCCCACAUCCACUUCUCCACCUGUCAUAAUCACUUCAGAACCAGCUCUGCCCAAGUCCCAGUCUGCCGUGGUCUCAUCUGCAUCUUCAACCACAGUCCUCUCACCUACGAAAAAGUCACCUCCUGCCAUGACCACCUCUCCUUCCAUGAACCUACAGGAGGCCAUCCGCCUGAGGACAGCAGCCAGAUCAAAAGAUAGCCCUGCAUCUCGCCUCAGCCUGCACUCACCUACAUCUCCAGUAGGCCCCCAAAAGUCCCCCUCCAGCACAGCGAGCUUUAUCUUCUCUAAGAGCAACAACAAGGUGGCAAUAGAGACCAAGCCUACAGUGGAGACCACGGAAACCUCAGAGAAGAACCUGGAUGUUUCCUCCGUAACAAAGGGAGUCAAGAUGCCACCACCCAUCGCAAAGAAACCCAAAACAAAGGCCAAAGAGACGGAGACCAGUGAAGGGACAGAGCAAACUGCAGGACAGGAAGCACAGCCAGAGAGCAUCAGGGAUACUUCAGAGAAAACAAACAGGACAGCAGCAGGUACUGGUGAAGGAGGAGACACAUGAUGAUAUAGACUGAAGAAGACGAUGACCUGGGAAGGACCUUCCAGUAACAUUGACUUUGCUGCAAGUUGGUGUUCGUGUGAGAGACAAGGAACUGGAUUAUUUCAAAAAUAUUUUGAAAAGUUAAAUCUGAUGUUAAUGGUGUGGGUCUUAAUUUUCUCAAGUACACAUUUUACUAAGAGUAAAUACAGUAUAUUUUCUUUGCCAGAUGGUCCACUGAGCUUUUGCUGUUGCAAAAGAUGGGAAUAUACUGCCCUCUAGUGUCUAACAAUGAUUGUACCACUUAUGUCCUGCUGAAUCAGAGCUUGUAGUCAGUACUCUUGACAAUGGGACUUUUGGGUGCUCAUCUGUAAAUAUAGCAUACAUUUGUAAAUUCAACAGUAAUGUCGAGUUCUGCUCUGUAUUUUCCCAAAGGAGUUUCAGCACCAUUUAUGUUUGUUAAAAAAUAUUAAUUAUCUUAAGUUAUUUUUCCUGUUACGUUCAGAGGAGGGUCUCUACAGACAUACAGUGAUGUCUUCUUUGCAAAGUUGAUAAUUAAUCAGUUAAUCAUAUCCAAAUUUAUGUUGUUUUCUAGAAAAUCCCACAUCAUUCUUUAUUAUUCAAGGCUUUCUAUGUGCACAACGAUUAAUGUAAAUCACUGUCACAGAAAUAAUGAGCAGACAUGUCAAGUUAUACUAAAAUCAUUAUCUUGGAGCAUGUUCUCUGCUGCUUUUAGUUACUGAUAGUGGAGGCUUUGCCUUUACUUGUAGUUAUGGCUCAAACAGUGGGAUAUUUCUGUUUGACUUUAAUAUAUUUCAAACUGGUUUCAGAGACUGUAAUGUAAUAAAUGAUCAUUUAUAAAAGAAUAAAGAUCUAUGGAGAGAUGAAA